AUGACGCAGAGGGGGUUCCUCAACACCAACGAGAACCCAUACCUGCGCUCCAUCACCAACUACGGCCUCAUGGACCAGACGGCGGCGCUCCACUGGGUCAAGGAGAACAUCGCCGAGUUCGGCGGCGACCCCGAGAACGUCACCAUCUUCGGCCACGGCACCGGGGCCGCCUGCAUCAACUUCCUCAUGACCUCCAAAGCCGUGCCCAAGAGUCCCCGCCUCUUCCAUCGAGCCAUCCUGAUGAGCGGCUCGUCGCUGGCUCCCUGGGCCCUGGUGAGGGACCCCAUGAAGUACACGCACCAGCUGGCCAAAGUGCUCAACUGCUCUCACACGCCCCUCGGAGACGAGCUUAAAAGGUGUCUGAGGACCAAGAGCUGGCACUCCAUCGUCAAGGCCCAGGUCGAGGUCCCCGAGUACUACUACGCGUUCGGACCUACGGUGGACGGGGUGGUGAUCGACACAGACUUCGACACCGAUCGCCAGUCAUACAUCAACCGCCUGGCGAGCUACGACUUGAUCUUCGGCGUCACGCCCUCGGACGCGUUCUUCACCUUCAACGACGACGAUGUCAAGUUUGGCUUCGAGACCGACAAAAGGAAUAAGAUUCUGAGAACAUUUAUCAGGAAUACCUACAACUACCACCUGACGGAGAUCAUGGCGACGGUGAUCAACGAGUACACAGACUGGGAUCGAGCGGUGCGACACCCCAUCAGCACCCGGGACGAGACGCUGGCACUGCUCUCCGACGCCCUCUACGCCGCCCCCGUCAUGCACACCGGCAACCUCCACGCGCUCGCCUCGCCCAGGACCUUCCUCUACCUCUUCGACCACCAGACCAGAAGUGGAGACUUCGAACACCAGCGACUCGGGUGUGUACACGGGGAGGAGCUGCCCUACGUGUGGGGCGCGCCCCUGGUCGACUCCCUGGCCUACUUCACAACCAACUACACCCAGCCGGAGGUCAAGCUGGCGGAGGCCAUGUUGACCUAUUGGACCAACUUCGCCAGGACCGGGAACCCGAACGACCCGGCCACUCAGUCCAUGGAUAGAGUAUCGGAGAAGAACAGGUUCCGGACGCUGGAGUGGCCCGCGUACGACGGCAUGCACCGCAAGUACAUCGAUAUAGACCUCAAGCCCCGGGUGAAGGACCACUACCGUUCCCACCAGCUGAGCUUCUGGUUACAGCUGGUGCCGCAGCUGCACAGGGCCGGCAAGGACGCCCCUGAAGCACACCACCAUCUGGAAAACCACAACGACUGGAACUCAUACCGGGGCUACGUCAGGUCCGAACCAGUUACCAGAGUCAUCCUGCCACCGGAGACGACGACGGAGGCGACUACAACGCGGCAGUACAACGUUUCAGCAGUGCUGCAGUCGACGCCGGCUAGUCCGGAGGGCAGUAAUGGGACAGGCAUGCAUUCCCAUGCCUCUCUAAGUGACGGGUUUGCUGCCUACUCCACGGCGCUCUCCGUCACUAUUGCUAUUGGUUGUUCACUCCUCAUCCUCAAUGUACUUAUCUUCGCUGGAGUAUAUUACCAACGGGACAAGUCACGUAUGGAGGCAAAGAAGGUGGCGGAAAAUGGAGGAUUGUUGGCACCCGCCCAUAGCAUCAGUGGCGACGUGCACACCCCGCCCACGCCAAGUCUCUCUGUUAAGGCAGAAAUGGCUGCCCGCAUGGGAUCAGCAGGAGGCAUGAAGGCCCCACCGCCUACGCCCAUGACUCAGACCACACACUUACCGCCACCAGAGUUUGCUGAUUAUCCCAGCCAAACCGGCCACUACGGCACAGCCCACGGGGUGUCGCACCUGCACACACUGCCCCGAGGGAGCAUGGCGAAGAUUAUCACUUGCGAGAACCAAAGUCAGCAAGGGGGUACUAGCCUCACCUUGUCAGUUCCGCGUGCCCCACCCCCACCUCAAGUUCCCUGUCAAGGCUCUGAGGCUCAACCAUUACUGAAACAGACGUCCUUUACUCUCAGCCCUCAUACGCCCACUGCCUCCUCUAAGAGCCCAACUAAAGACUCCAACAUAGGCGAGUUACGUGUAUAGCGUUACUAACAAGGCUUCCUAGUUCAGACCUUCCCCAUCCCUCUAUGACGUGUCCACACACAGUCCGUGUAGGCUCUCCACAGCCCUCGCUUUAACAUAGUUCCCCCACGUAUUACCAUCGUUAUUACACGUUUUCAUUUAUACAGGCUUCAGAUCUAUGUGAUGACAUGUGGUAAAUAACGACUCCAUAGGGUAGACCCCACUGGACUGAUACACUCUUAGUGUGAGGUUCUAUAGCUGCUCAAAUGCCUAAAUCACUCCAACAUUACAGUACACCUCAGUCUUGAGUCGGGUGAUGUUACACUGAAACAUUUAUUUUAAAGCACCAAUUAAUAUCAAUCGUCUGAGAAAUUGAUAAAACAUGAUGUUCAAGUGAAUGACUUUAGCGUCAUGAGUUUAGUGAGUUUUCUAAUUUGAAAGUGAGUGUUGGAAUACGUGCAGUUGGAAAACUGAUUUAAAGAACAAUGUAUUUUCCCGUUUUAUGGGUUGAUUGAUAUUUAUGUAAACUGGAAAUCUUAAAAACAAGAACUUGAUGCUUAUGGACACCAUCUGAGACAUCUUAACGAGGAGCGGGUAUUAGAAAAUAAUCUAAUAUAACAAAGGACUCUUCGAGUAGUAUUUUCUGUCUAGCAAGACUCAAAGUGUUACUGCAGUACUAGGUGUUUGCCAGCCAAUUACUGUGUGCAUGGUACCAUGAGCUGGUUGUGAGAGCCAACGCCUUGUCAUAAACGCGAACUUGGUGGACUUUGCUCUUUGGAAAAGAAGCCGAACUUUGUCGAUGUACAAGUAUAAACAGUGAAAAAAAAACUAGUUAUUGUGCUUUUUAGGUAUUUGAAAAAUUUAUAUUGUUACUUUUGUUGAAGCUUGUAUGACACAGGUUCAUUGUCAUCUCACGACAAGCCUUGUACAUACAAUGCAAUCAUGCAACAUUGCCAAAUGCAGUGGUGAACUACAGUGCAAUCAACUGCAUUGAAUGUGAAUGCUACAAUUUUUACUCUUUUAAUGGAUACUGUAACAUAGAUUCAUAAAGUGUGUGAGGUUGUGUGUGUGUGUGGUUGCGUGUGUGUGUGUGGUUGCGUGUGUGUGUAUGUGUGGUGUGAAAGUCAAUUUCCUUGCUUAACAGCUGUGUGUGAAUGACGGGCGCUUAACUGAAGUGGUUUUAUGAUUCGUUUAAGUGUUUUUUAUAAUGCUUUCUAAGUGUUCUCAUUUAGUCUUCGUUUAUAUAUUGCCAAACUGAUGUGAUGCUUUCAACCUCUUGACACCAGCCACUCCUGGCCCCCACCAGCUGGUCAUAUUACAACACUGUAGCUCAUGUCCUGUAGGUCGAGCCUGGCCUCAAGCCGGGCUCGGGGAUUAGAACUAACUUACAGAACCCUCUUUCAGGUAUGUCCACAGUUCAAAUCAAAUCAAAUCAAAUGUUAUUUAGGUAAGGUACAUACAUACAACAGAUUUUACAAAGAGUGAUGGAUUUAUAGUUAGGGCUAGUACAUACAAUGCCUAAAGCCACUAU